CUCCAUCACGGGCUCAGCUUGCGUCUGCCGGCAGCCGGCCUGCCCGAGCGCUCGCCUCUCCUCUGCCCGAGGCCCCGAGCGGACGCGCGGCCGCCCCUCUCGGCUCUAGCCUCGACUCUGCGCGCGCCUGAACCCUAGGCCGUAGCUAGCGGGCUAGCAGCUGGGGCGGGCGCGCGCGGUGCCAUCGACGGCUUUGAGGGUGGCAGUUGGCGGCCUGUGGCUAUCUCUACUGUCAGUCUCUCGGCUUCUAGACCGGACGGGCAGGCGGCAGCACAUCUGCGUCUCAAGGCCGGUGCGGUCAGGCGGAGGCUCCUGCAGGCUCGUUCUGGACUGCGUGCAAGCACAAGAGCAGAAGCACAAGUUGCAUCAAAGAUGCCGCAGGUAUUGGUGGUGGCGCGGAACUUCAUGGAUAUGGUGGCUGCGCUGCCUGCCUCCAAGCUUGAUAUGCUCUAUGACUCGGCCUUCAUCUGUGAGGCUGUACUCAGGUCACUUCCACCACUGGCAAAGAAAUAUGCACUGCAGAUGCUGUACGUGUUGGCACCGGUGACCGCUGCAGCUAUGGAAGAGUGGGUGCUCAAUGAAUAUGCUGCCAAGCAUAGGGUUGCCAUUGAUAAGCUGCUCCAACUUAGGGUCUUUGUUGAAGUGCGCGAUAGACGAAAGGAGGUUAGCUACAAGAUGAAUCAAAAGUUCCAGGGUAACAUGCAGAAGUAUUUGGUUGAUGGUGGAAGUUUACCAAGGGAACCGAUACCAUUAAGUGUUACUGGUAGAUUGCCUGCAUCAACAGAUCUGGAAGCCUAUGCUCUUGAUCAAUGGGAGUGCUUCUUGUUGCAAUUGAUCAAUUCAUCUCAAGUUGAAAAAGGGACAAGCUUCAGCUCCUCCAUGAUGAAGACAUUUCAGCGUGGCCUUCUGAGUUCAAGGGAUGGUGAAGCUCCAAAGUUGACUGAGAAUGGCUUCCAAUUUCUUCUGAUGGAAACAAAUGCACAACUUUGGUACAUAAUGAGAGAAUACAUUUCCUCUGCAGAGGAACGUGGAGUGGACCCUACGGAGCUGAUAUCAUUUCUCUUGGAACUUAGUUUUCAUAAAUUGGGAGCGGCUUAUAGUUUGAACACUCUGACUGAUGUGCAAAGAAUUGCCAUCAGGGAUCUUGCAGAGUUGGGAUUAGUCAAGCUGCAGCAGGGUCGAAAGGAUAGCUGGUUCAUUCCUACCCAAUUGGCUACAAAUCUCUCAGCAAGCUUGUCAGAUUCAUCGUCUAGCAAAGAGGGCUUUGUGGUUGUGGAGACAAACUUUAGAAUGUAUGCAUACUCUACUUCCAAAUUGCACUGUGAGAUUCUGCGCCUUUUCUCAAGGGUGGAGUAUCAACUUCCAAACCUCAUCGUAGGAGCUAUUACAAAAGAAAGUAUUUAUGGUGCUUUUGAGAAUGGAAUAACUGCUGAACAGAUAAUUUCAUUUCUCAAGCAAAAUGCUCACCCUCGUGUUGCGGACAAGAUACCUGCUGUCCCGGAGAAUGUCACAGAUCAGAUUAGGCUGUGGGAAACUGAUCGUAACAGGGUCGAGAUGAUUCCAUCACAUUUAUAUGAAGAUUUUCCUAGCAAGGAAUGGUUUGAACAAUGCUGUGAUCACGCAAGGGAUCAUGGAUACUUGCUCUGGGAGGACUCAAGGAGGAUGAGGCUGAUUGUACGAGGGGAGUUCCACCCUGAAAUGAGGGAGUUCCUCCGCAGGCAAAGAUGAAAGGGACCAUGUGCUUGUUCUGGUUCGCUCCUUCAUGAUUGAUGGAAAGGGCCAUUUUGGAUAGAACAAGCAAUUUGUGUGCAUAUAGCUCCUCGACGCAAAUGCCUUCCAUUUAUACUAGUCUGCCAGCAUGGCUCUUGUCUGCAGAUGGUUGCAUACACUGUAGGCAUCUAAGCUUAGUUUAGAUUACUGAAAGUUCCAUUUGUAGUGAUAUGAUUAACGCGACACUGUGAGAGCUAGUUUGGAAACUCAAAUCCUCUUGGGAUCCCUGACUUUUCCUAGAGUGAACAAGCCGUGGAGGUAUCAUUUAAAUGAGACAUUUCGUUCUCCAUGGGAGAUUUUUCUUUCCUGGGUUUAGCUCCCCCUGCAAAUUAGACCUGAGCGGGUGACAGGAGUGGUCUUUGUUUGUUUGUCUAACGCGACACAGAGAGUGGGUGACGCCCAGGAGUGGUCUCUGUUGGUUUUUUUUUAUCUCUGAGACUGAUGAUCCAGAGUCUUGAGUAUCCUCAGCUGGUGGCUGGUGCUAUAAAACCUAAAUGACUCUGAAAGAAAAAUAUUCAUUUUUUUA